UUUCACCCCUCCAAUCCGGAAGUUUACGUUCUGAGCGGCAUGGUGCUUGCAUGCUUAUCAAUGAACACAACUUCUCAGUUACUGAUGCUACUGUGAUUUCGUUUGCAAAAUGUCAUCUAAAAAAAAUAAAGGUAAAAGCAAAAAAGCAAGUGAUGGAGACAAUUCCAGCUUGAAGAAUUCAGAAGAUGCAGACAAUUCUGUAGUCGGAGGGAAUUGCAGCAACGGAGCUCUAAGUGUUACCGACUUCAUCGAGAAAGCUGAUGAAAAAGUCCCUAAAAGAUGCAGAUCCCUACUUGCACAGCUGAGUCUAAACACAAUGAAGUCAGCAGGUGUGUGCAUUGGAAGACCAGCCCUGCUCACUACCAGCACAGGUCAACAGGAGGUGUGCUUGGCUUGGCCAGUUGGAGCCUUCCCCUCCAGGAAAGUGGGCCUCACAAAAAGCACCCAGACGAGCCUUCGGGUGAAGCCAGGGAAUGGCGUGUUCCUACACCCAGUAACAGGGCCCAUUCUGCAGGCAGAGGACAUUGAACUCUCCCUCAGCCAAGAGGACAGUGCUCUUAAUGUGGAGGAAUUCAGCACAUUUCUUCUGCGGACCCUGGAUGGGAGGAUAGUUCUGCCAGGAAACACCCUGUCUGUGACCUUCUUUGGCCGCUCCUGCAGCGUAACUGUGGAGAAAGUGAAAGGGGUAGACGGACUGACCCUGGAGCGGACCUUCUCCCAGGGCGAGGCGGACGCCACCUGCCCAGACGAGAGCUCCACCUCCAGCUCCCUGUUCGUCUCCCUCCAGCUCAGCCUCCUGAACCUGGAGGACCAGGACCAGAGAAUGUCAGUGAGCACCCCUUCUAAACCCAGUGUCCCCGCACUCAGUACUCCACUCAGGCCUGGGGCGCCCGCCCCCUGUGUGCCUCUCUGGGUGGACAGCCCACUACCCGCUAUGCCGCAUACCCCAGAUGCCCUGGCGGACAGCUUAGCCAGCCCAGAGCAGGAUGGGACGCCCGGACAGAAGCAGCUGGACUCCGAUGCCCCCACAGCUCCACCUGGUGGCGCCUCUGGGAGUGACACCUUUUACUGCGUGUCGGCGAGCACCAGGCUGAGGUUCCGAGACAGACAGAGGGAGGAGAGGGAGCAGGAGGCCUCCGAGCUGCCCGCGGUCACCUACAGCAUGAUCGGAGGUCUGAGCAGUCAGCUGGACACCAUACGAGAGACCAUCGAGCUGCCUCUCAAACAUCCUGAACUGUUCAAGCGCUACGGAAUCCCGGCACCAAGGGGUGUUCUUCUCCACGGCCCUCCUGGCACAGGGAAGACCAUGAUAGGGCGAGCAAUAGCCAAUGAGGUCGGAGCUCACAUGACUGUCAUCAAUGGCCCAGAGAUCAUCAGCAAGUUCUAUGGGGAGACGGAGGCCCGACUAAGGCAGAUCUUUGCCGAGGCGUCUCAAAGAAGGCCUGCUAUUAUCUUCAUCGACGAGCUGGACGCCCUCUGCCCCAAGAGGGAGGGGGCUCAGAACGAGGUGGAGAAGCGGGUGGUGGCCUCUCUCCUCACACUCAUGGAUGGCAUCGGAUCAGAGGGUCACGCAGGGCAACUGCUGGUGCUGGGGGCAACUAACCGGCCCCACGCGCUGGACCCCGCCCUGAGGAGGCCGGGCCGCUUCGAUAAGGAGCUGGAGGUGGGGGUCCCCGGGGCGGUGGAGCGGGCGGACAUCUUGAGAAAGCUGCUGCGCUCCAUGCCCUGCCUCCUCUCCCAGCAGGAAGUGCUGGAGCUGGCAGACGUCGCCCAUGGUUACGUAGGAGCUGACCUUGCCGCCGUUUGCAAGGAAGCAGGCUUGCAUGCGCUCAGGCGGGCUUCGGGGACUGGUUCUCUGCUGUCUGACGCGGAGGUAAUGGAUGUCAUAACGGUCACCCUCUCCGACCUCCAGAAAGCCAUGUCAGAGGUCAAACCCAGCGCCAUGCGAGAGGUGGCCGUCGAUGUCCCGAAGGUGCGCUGGUCCGAUGUGGGCGGGAUGGCGGAGGUGAAACUGAAACUGAAGCAGGCCGUGGAGUGGCCCCUGAGGCACCCCGACGCCUUCACACGCAUGGGCAUCAAGCCCCCCAAGGGCGUGCUGCUGUACGGACCACCCGGCUGCUCCAAGACCAUGAUCGCCAAGGCUCUGGCCAAUGAGAGUGGCCUCAACUUCCUCGCCAUCAAGGGCCCCGAGUUGCUGAGCAAAUACGUGGGGGAGUCUGAAAGAGCCGUUCGAGAGGUUUUCAGGAAGGCCAGGGCGGUCUCCCCAUCUAUUGUCUUCUUUGAUGAGAUUGAUGCUCUCGCCGUUGAAAGAGGAAGCUCUUCAGGCUCCAGUGGAGUUGGAGACCGUGUCCUUGCUCAGCUUCUGACAGAGAUGGACGGCAUCGAGCAGCUCAAAGACGUCACGGUGCUGGCCGCCACCAACCGCCCCGACAUGAUCGAUAAGGCCCUCAUGCGUCCCGGGCGACUCGACCGCAUUGUGUACGUGCCGCUGCCGGAUGCCGACACCCGCCGAGAGAUCUUCACGCUGCAGUUCCGCUCCAUGCCCGUGGACGCUGACGUGCUGGCGGACGACCUGGUGGCCUUGACUGAGAAGUACUCAGGAGCCGAGAUAACUGCAGUAUGCAGGGAAGCUGCUCUCCUGGCCCUGCAGGAGGACAUCAAAGCACAGCGCAUCACGAGGAGCCAUUUUGAAGGCGCUCUGCGAGCGGUGAAGCCCAGGGUUCCAGACUCCCUGAUCCAGUCGUAUAUUAACUACCAGCGGCAGAGUGGACAGCCUCUCUGAUGAUGUCACAGCCCAAAGAUUCCAAGGCUGCAUGCUCUCUCUCUCUCUCUCUCUUUCCCCCUCUCUCUCUCUUUCCCUCCCUCCCUCUCUCUCUCUCUCUCU